CACACGUUCCGUUAACUUCUCUAUUUUAAAAACUACUUGCUUGGCGAUAUCCGGGAAGGGACCAACCGCAUCACCGCGCCCGUCGACUCUACACCACUGCCACUCAUUUUCGAUGCAGUCGACCUGCGUACGCGUCGUUGGUCUCUACGCGCGCACGCGCGUCCGCUCUCAUGCAUGCAUCGACAAUAUUUUAUAGUUGAUAAGUUGUUGUUAAAUGUGUAGAAGUUACAUCGGUUAAUGAACUUUCCGAAGUAAACAAAGUGCCUUAUAUUUAUGCGGACGAUGAAUGUUCCGGAGAGGUGAUAUUUGUGGUUCCAGUUAAGUUUUCUGAGUUACCAUGAGCGGAAGGGAAGGCGGAAAUGCAGUUCCGUCUUCUAGUGCAAGCGGAGCGGGCGCGGGCGCGGGUGCUGAUGGCGGGCGGGUGACGGGCGUCACUCGGCGCGGCCGCUGCAAGUGGUUCAACGUCGCCAAGGGAUGGGGGUUCAUCACGCCUGACGAUGGGGGCCAGGAUGUCUUCGUACACCAGAGCGUGAUCCAGAUGCCUGGCUUCCGAUCGUUGGGAGAUGAGGAGGAGGUGGAGUUCGAGUGCAAAGAGUCGGAGAAGGGCCUGGAGGCGACGCGAGUGUCAGGGCCCUCUUCAGUUGACUGCCAGGGCUCUCACCGACGCCCGCUCUCCAAGAAACGCUUCAGAAAGAUACGCUGCUACAACUGCGGCGAGUUUGCCAAUCACAUAGCCGCAAAAUGCAGCAUCGGCCCACAACCAAAGAGAUGUCAUAACUGCAAGGCCGAGGACCACCUCAUCGCUGACUGCCCUAUGAAGGUCGAGAAAAAGAAGGACGAUCAGUCGAAGAGUUCAGACAGCUCGCAAGGCAGUCAGCAAGACCCACAGAGCCCACCUCAGUCAUAAUUCUAUUAACUUCGCCAGCAUCUUCUAUAUCAAGUCCCUAUAACGUGGGUUUUAUAGUCCCUUUAGACUUUCAGCGGCAUUUAUUCGUUCUUAAAUACUUCGACAUUCUGAAUUCAAAUACUGAAAUGAAAAACUAAUAUAGACACUUUAUUCUUGAAAAUUUUCGACGCCAUUUGGUUUUUAGAAUUAUUUUAGCUUUAUUUCUGUGCAACUUCUAUCUAGAUAUUAUAUAACGUAAACAUCUACCUCAUUUAGUUCUAAUGUAGAGUCAGUAUGAACUAGAAAUACAAAAGUAAAGACUGAUUGGUACAAAUCCAUAUUGUAGUACAAACUAUAUUUUACUGCUAGAAACUUAAGUUUUCAAACGUAAGUACAAAUUUUAUGUGUUCGAGUGUCAAUAUCUUAAUUACUUUACGUAAAUUGUAUUUACCUACCCAAAGUUAAGUGUGUGUUUAUAUUAUCAUUAUUAUAAUUUUUGUUGCUAUAUUUUCGAUCAACAGACUUUAUGUUAGUUUUUAGAAUUUAAUCAUAAUAAUAGUGUAAUAUGUAUUAUGGUUGGCUAUGAACAAAACACAAACAGACAUAAUCACUGCAACCUUCAAAGGUUUAACAAUAACUGAAAGGACAAGAUUCAAUAUUUACAUUUACAUAGGAACAUUAAGAAAUUGUUGUCAAUACUUUUGGUUCUGAAUUAACUAUAAAAAUAUUUUUUAAUGAGAACAUAAAUAUAGUACAAUACAUAAUUAUCAUAUAAUUUAGAUACAAAUAUACACUAUGGCUACUUAGUUAUAGAAACUACCUAAUAUAAACUAAAUGAACAUUGAGUAUCACAAAUAUAAGGAGUAAAUGAACUAAAGUACCUAGUGAAUUUGAAGAGCACAAGAGACGGUUAUAACUUACAACAUAGAGAAGAUUGAGGAUACGUGUGCCAAAGUUGAAGUAACUUUGUUGCAAUAAUAAUUUUAUUGUUAUUAGAUUUUAUCGUAAUGCCCAGUCACAUAUGCGAAUGACUAAACACAUUUUAUAUAUCAUUUCAAACUAUAAACUACCAGAUUUCUACUUUAUGAUUUAAUAGAAUAUUUAAACUUAGAUUCUGGUGGAAAUGCGUAUUUAUUAACAAAUUUUUCAUUAUUCUAUUGCCAUUUAUAGUUUCAAUUUGCGUUUGCUCAAAAGGCUAAGUUAAUCCUAAGUUAGUCGCAUCAUUCAUUAUCAUUAGUGGGUACUUAAUCCUGCAUUCGUGUACAGUUGAAACGAAAUUCUGCCAAUUUAGUUUAAGUAUUAAUUUUGCAAUAACAUUAUACUUUAGGCAUAAGUAUGAAACUCGUGUGAGACUGUUUAAUUUUCUACAAUACAUUGUAAUGACGAAAAAACUAAUUCUGUAAUGUACAAUUUCUCUAGUUUCUAUUUCGUUUUGGUUUAAAUUUGCAAUUGUAUAAAUUAUUAUUAUUGUUUACUUUUAUGAACACGUUUAAGCUACCAAUGCAAGGUGCGUAAGGUUUUUCAGUUACUGAUUAAUUGUUUGUACAUCAAAAAAAUCGAUUACGUCAUAUUUACCCUACGUAACGAGAAAUGAAAAGUAUAUAACACAACUGGAUUAUAUUCCUUUAAUGGAAGAAUUUACUAGACUAGCCAAAUAUCAUACUCAUUAAAUAUCCUCCUGAAAGUUUCUAAAGGUCCUUACCAUUCUGAAUCGAAUAUACAAGCAGCUUAAUGAUAUUUUUAUUCAGUAUUACCUAUCAGUAAUUACCCAGUACGUGCAAUGUUUGGAAAGUGAAUACGCCGACAAAGUAAUGGGGUCGCCCCUUAACUAACGAUCUUCUAAUUUAAAGAGACGACUUUGGCGAUUCGUAAAGAGGUCACUUCCGCCCCUCAUGGCAGGUGCAUACUUAAUUUAAUUCAGGUGGCCAUUCCGCUUUAUGAUUCUUGUAAAUUCAGCGCUUUUUCAUUUUACCCAACUAAUGAAGUAAUAGCCUUCAUACAGUAUGUUAUAUUUUACUUAAAGGUUGUGGUUGUAAAUGAGUAUACUUUUACAAAUAUUAUGUAUUUUGUCUUAAGUUAAAAAGGUUUUUCGAAUUGGAACAGAACGAAAUCAAUAAAGUUCAGCAAAUUAUAAUAUUCUUAUCGAAAAUUUCAUUAUAUGAGAAAAAAACAUUGUAAUUAAUUACAAGUACAAUUUAAAUAAUUACAAAUAACGUCAGGAAAUCAUAUUUUUUACGUAUUAGUCAAAAUAUUUGUGGCGUUUUAUAUAUAUCACAAUUAUAUUUUCACAAAAUGUAAAUUCACACGAAAUACAUUAACUUGUCACACGAAAAGUAGAGUAAAUGCCGAGGGCAUCAAAUAUCAAACCAAUACUUUUUGAAAUAUUUACUUAGUAUUUUAGUAUAUUGCAUGACGUGUCAUAAUAAAAUCAUGAAUCAUAAACUAUACUAACCAGAAAAAGAGUUUUAGGUAUUAUAGAAUACGGGUUUCUUACAUUUUAAUUAUAUGAGUAAUUUUAUAGGUUUUAUGAUGAUUAUUUAUAAGUUUUAAAGAAAGACUAUUUGCAAACAUCUACCUCAUAAUUUAAUAUCGUUAAAUAGAGUUUAUAGAUAAGUUAAUAUUAACAUAUACAAAGUUUAGCAUUAUA